AUGCCAACGAAGAAAUCUUCCAGUGGGCAUACGCCUCUUCAGCGAGGUCUGGCCUGUCUGUCUUGUCGGAAGAGGAAACUGAAAUGUGACGGCCAAAAACCUGUCUGUACACCAUGCAUCAAAAUGAAAAGGGCAGACGAAUGCGAGUACGAGGACAGGAGGCAGAAAAGUAGGACUCAGAAGCUAAAAGAAAAGCUGGCGAUGCUUGAGGAUAGAAUUAAGGAACUAGAGGGAACAGAACAAACAACUUCGGGCGACGCCUCAUCCUCUCAUUCCGGCUCUCCCGAUACCUUUGACUUGAGUGGUACCAAUACUCUGGACGAUGUGGAUCAAAAUCAGAUCUCUCUUAACAACGCCUGGCCCGCAAACUCUGCAGAGCCAAGCUCGAAUUCUUCCUCCUCCUCAUUACUGUCCGCAUCAGGUAGUCCAUUCGCUUCGGCGAUGGGCAUGGUUUGGGGAGAUACGAGCGGUGGAGGCGAGCAGGCUUUCGAAAUUUCACCAUUUACAGGAAUGAGUAGCUCCAUGUUUCCAGACAUGCCUCAUUGGGAUCCUACAACGCCGUUGCCAUUCGAGAAUAAGAAGAUCCUUCUGGAACUUUUUAUUGCGCAUCGACACCAAUGUUGGUUCUUUUCUGACACUACACGGCUCGACAUUCUUUCCAAUGGGGAAUCCAUAGUUGGGGUCCCGGAACCUCAUCCGGCUUUAAUGAAUGCAUUGUACCUCCUUGCCUGCCACUUUUCCCGCUCACCUUACUUUUCUGAACUCGAAUCCACGUUUUUAACAAGGGCUUUACGUGAAAUCACCGUCGCGUUGGACAAUCAGGAUCGUCUUGUUGAUGUCGUACAGGCGUCUAGUCUAUUGGCGAUAUACUUUUACGCUAACAGCCGAAUUCUCGAGGGGUAUUGUCAUUCAUUCUCUGCGGCAAGACUCGCAGUAGGCCUUGGAUUGCAUCAAAUCCAAUUUACUGAUCUUGCUCGACCUAGCAGCUCCUCUUCUGCGGAACGUUCAAGUCCUACGGGAGUCAUGAACUUGACUGCUACCGGUUCUCCUUCUUCUAUAGCGUCCUCUCCUCCAAAAGAUCAUUCAGAACUGCGGGAACGAAUAUCUACGUUUUGGCAAGUCUUCAUGGUGGAUCGGUGUUGGAGCGUGGCUAACGGGCUCCCAGUGGCCUUGCCCGAUGGAGAACAUCACCAAGGUAGAAUCAAAACGCCCUGGCCUGAUGCAGCACUGGAUGAUGUAGUUACCACCACAGGAGUGUUUGAUCCAUUGGGGAACCCUGUUUAUAUGCCUUCAUUGAAGGCAAAGGCUGCUGCUCUGUACGAGAGGACAUUUCGGCUUUCUUCUUCUGUACAACCGAAUUGGGCAGAGCUUGCUGCUACAUCCAACGCUCUUCAACGGUUUCUUACAUCCCUUCCGUUAUUUCUUGGCUUCGAACCGUGGAGAAAUCAGGCUCCAUUUCUCGAUGUGGAACUGCUCACAAUACAUACUGUUGCAAACGUUUGCACUAUACACAUCAACAAGAAUAAUCUAGAGAUGGAAAAUCUACAGGCGGCAAACUACGUCCUCACUCUCAUCAGACAGCUGGGACAAACCGAUUAUGAGUGGUUGGAUCCUUUGAUAAGUGCUUGCUGGAUGACUGUCGCCAAAUUAUAUCUUCAGAUCCUUUCACUUUCAGGUAGUGCGGUUGCAAAUGCGCUUCCUGUCUUCUCUGUGGAUCAGGAACUGGAUGUUCUUGUUGAUGCAAUGAAAACAUUGAGCGCGUUUUUCCCACUAGCAGGUGAACACGCCAGGAGAAUUGAACAAGAACGCGCUUUGAUUUUGUCUUCCAUUUAA